UGUGUGUGUCGUGUCCAGUCAGCUGCUGUCUGCCGUCCUGCUGCUGCUGCGUCUGUGGGAAAGCGGCACCAGAGAGAUGGACAACGAGCGCUCCACCCAGGGAACCAGCGCCCCUCUGCUGCCCCUCCUGCAGCGCUUCCACAACAUCCACAGCAGCAAGGAGGAGCCCAUUCCUGAGGAGGAGGCUGAGAUCCUCACGGCCCAGAUGAGUCCCAACGAGAGCUUCCUGCGCUACCUGACCUUACCUCAGGACAACGAGCUGGCCAUCGACCUCCGGCAGACGGCCGUGGUGAUCAUGGCUCACCUGGACCGCUUGGCUUCUCCCUGCAGCCCCCCCCACUGCAACUCCCCCACAUCGCACAAGGGAACCCUGCAGGAGGUGAUAGCCUGGGGCCUGUUGGGCUGGAAGCUCUACGCCAACGUUAACGGGCCCAUCCAUUGUAAAGGCCUGUCGAGCCUCGGAGUUGCUCAGAUCGUCUGCUCAGAGAAGGGCUUCCUCAUCCUGUCCAGCAGCGGUGCUGUUUACACCCAGAACUACAAGAGCACAACCCUGGCUCCGAUGCUGAUCCACGGUCUGAGCUCCAGAAAGGUGGUGAAGCUCGCGGCUCAUCCCGACGGGCAGCACUACUUGGCCCUGUCGUCCAAUGGGGAGGUGUUCUCGUGGGGCUGCGGUGACGGAGGACGCCUUGGACACGGAGACACCACGUAUCUGGAAGAGCCCACGAUGAUCACAGCCUUCAAUGGGAAACAGACAGGAAAGCAUGUGGCGCACAUUGCCUGUGGGAGCACUUACAGCGCCGCCAUCACCGCCGACGGGGAGCUCUACACGUGGGGCAGAGGGAACUACGGGCGGCUGGGUCACGGCUCCAGCGAGGACCAGACGACACCCAUGCUAGUGACGGCACUGAAGGGACUGAAGGUGAUGGACGUGGCGUGUGGAAGUGGUGAUGCUCAGACGCUUUCUGUGACAGAGAACGGUCAGGUUUGGUCCUGGGGGGACGGGGACUACGGUAAACUGGGCCGAGGAGGCAGCGAUGGCUGCAAGACACCCAAGCUGGUGGAGAAGCUGCAGGACCUGGACAUCGUGAAGGUGUGCUGCGGCAGCCAGUUCUCUGUGGCCCUCACCAAAGACGGGCAGGUAUACACCUGGGGGAAGGGAGACAAUCAGCGCCUCGGUCACGGCACCGACGAGCAUGUUCGAUACCCGAAGCUGCUCGACAGUCUAGAGGGAAAGAAAGUGGUGGACGUGGCGGUGGGCUCGACUCACUGCCUCGCCCUCACAGACGACGGGGAGGUGCACAGCUGGGGAAGCAACGACAAGCUGCAGCACUUUGACACGCUGUUCUCCAACAAGAAGCAGCCCAAGGCUCUGCCCGGACUCAACGCCAAGCACAUCGUGGGGAUCUCCUGUGGCCCCGGACAGAGCUUCGCCUGGUCCUCGUGCUCCGAGUGGUCCGUCGGGCAGCGCGUUCCCUUUGUAGUGGACGUCUGCCCGGUGACCUUUGAGCAGCUGGACCUGCUGCUGCGACAGGUCAGCGACGGGAUGGACGGCAGCUCGGACUGGCCCCCCCCACAGGAGAAGGAGUGCAUGGUGGUCGCCACGCUCAACCUGCUCCGGCUCCAGCUCCAUGCAGCCAUCAGUAACCAGGUGGAUCCAGAGGAGCUGGGUCUGGGUCUGGGCAGCGUGCUGCUGAACAACCUCAAACAGACGGUGGUGGUUCUAGCGAGCAACGCCGGCGUGCUCAACUCUGUGCAAGCGGCCGCCCAAGCCGUCCUCCAAAGCGGCUGGUCGGUGCUGCUGCCCACCGCCGAGGAGCGGGCGAGGGCGUUGUCCUCCCUCCUGCCUAACGCUGCGUCUGGGAAUGAGAUGAGUGUGAGUCCUGGCCGUCGCUUCAUGAUCGACCUGCUGGUCAGCAGCUUGAUGGCUGACGGAGGGUUGGAAUCCGCUCUGAAUGCAGCGAUCACCGCAGAGAUACAGGACAUUGAAGCCAAGAAGGAGGCUCAGAAGGAGAAGGAGGUCGACGAGCAGGAGGCCAACGCGUCCACCUUGCAGCGGUGUCGCGCCAUGCUGGACAAAGACCUCAUCAACACCGGCAUCUACGAGUCAGCGGGGAAGCAAAGUCUGCCUCUGGUGCAGCUUGUGCAGCAGCUGUUGAGGAACAUCGCCUCCCAGACCAUCGCGAGGCUGAAGGAUGUCGCUCGGCGUAUCUCCAACUAUCUAGAGGCCGAGCACGUCAGCAAGGAGCGCUCUGCGUCUCUGGACCUGCUGCUGCGCUUCCAGAGGCUGCUGGUCAGCAAGCUGUACCUCGGGGUCAACGGCACGGAGAACGUCAACGGAUACAGUGAGUCCACGCAGUCAUCCCGAUGAGAGGAGAUACAAGUCAUGAGAUCAGAAAAUCAUACGACUCACGGAUCAGAUCAGCACAAGAGAACAAACUUAACUUAUUUUAUUGAUCACUGAUGAUCCAUAUUAACAGACACAGAUCAUCUUUGUUGUUUGAUUACAGCAGCUGGUCUACA